GCAACAAAUCCCCAUUUUUUCUUCCUAUGGACGGAUGAUAUCUUCUAGCUUUCCUAUUCUAUUUAUACAAAGAAUAAAACUUCCAUGGCUUGUAUGAUUCCUCAUAUUUUUCUCUUGCUGCCUUUAGUGGUUUAUGCUCAAAGUAAUAGCAUGCUAAACGUUGGUGGCUCUCUUAUUGCUGGUGAUGCUUCUGCUUCUCCAUGGAUUUCUCCAGCUGAUCAUUUCGCAUUUGGAUUCCGGGAAGUCGAUGACGGGCUAUUCUUACUUUGUAUAUGGUACAACAAAAUAGAUGAAAAAACUAUAGUUUGGUUUGCUCAACAUGAUCAAAAUCCAGUCCCGAAGGGUUCAAAGGUGGAAGUAACUGCUUCAAAUGGUUUAUUGCUUAAAAGCUCUCAAGGUGGAGAACUUUGGAAAUCAGGUCCUACUUCAAGUGUGGUAGCCUUUGGUACAAUAUAUGAUACGGGAAAUUUGGUGCUUCUAGACUCAAAUACUACUCCCUUAUGGGAGAGUUUCAACCAACCUGUGGACACUUUGCUUCCUACUCAAAAAAUGGAGGUAAACAACUUUCUUUCUUCGCGCAAAUCACAAAAUACUUACUCACUAGGAAAGUUUCAACUUCGUUUCUCUGAAGGUAAUCUUGUGCUCAAUACGAGAAGUUUGCCCACCACGUAUGCCUAUGAACCUUACCAUGUCAUACAAGCUUUCGAGGGUAAUCAAGUUGUCUUUGAUGAAGACGGUUUCUUGUAUAUAAUGCAAAGAAAUGGAAAGAGAGUAAACAUUAGUGAACCCGAAGGCACUUACCCGGCUAACACUCAUUAUUACCAAGUCACUCUCAAUUUUGAUGGUGUGAUCUCUGUAAGUCACCAUUCAAGGAAUCCCUCAGCUUUUAAUGCAACAUGGAUGCACUUUAAGAAGAUACCAAAUAAUAUAUGUGUUGCUAUGCGAGGAAACUUGAGUUCUGGAGUUUGUGGAUACAAUAGUAUCUGCACAUUAAACAAUGAUCAAAGGCCAAGUUGCAAGUGCCCACCUGGUUAUUCAUUAAUUGAUCUGAAUGAUAAGUACAGCGAUUGCAAACCUAAUAUCCAGCCAAUAUGUGAAGGCGGUGAGAAAAAUUUAAUCAAUGAUCUAUAUAGUCUACAAGAUCUUCCAAAUACUGAUUGGCCAACUCAAGAUUACGAGUUAUUCAAGCCUUUUACAGUUGAAGAGUGCAAGAAUGCAUGCUUGCUUGAUUGCUUCUGUGUAGUAGUUGUAUAUAGAGAUAAUAGUUGUUGGAAGAAGAAACUGCCACUUGCUAAUGGGAGGAAAGAUAGCAGUGAAAGAUCUAUUUCUUUCCUAAAAUUAAGAAGAAACAUUAGUUCUAUAGGACAAGACUCCAAUCUUCCAAGAUCUAAAGGAAAGAAGAACCAAGACACAUUAGUUCUUGUGCUUUCUAUAUUGCUCGGUAGCUCUCUAUUGAUCAUUCUAGUAUUGGCUAGUUUUAUAUCUCGAGGUUUCAUCUACCACCGCAGAAAGAAACAUACAAGUGAUUUCCUACCAAGAGGAAAUUUUGGUAGUAUGCAGAAAUUUACAUUUAAAGAACUUAGAGAAGCUACAAAUGGGUUUAAGGAAGAACUGGGACGAGGAUCUUGUGGCAUUGUUUACAAAGGGGUAACUGAAGUUGGCUCUAUUGCUGUUAAGAUAUUCAACCAUAUGUUUGAAGAUAGUGAGAAAGAAUUCAAAACUGAAGUGAUUGUAGUUGGUGAAGCACAUCACAAAAAUAUCACUCGACUACAUGGAUAUUGUGAUGAUGGUAAAAAGUGCAUGUUAGUUUAUGAGUUUCUGAGCAAUGGCAGCCUAGCAAGCUUUCUUUUUGGUGAUACAAAGCUCAGUUGGGAUCUCAGAACCAAAAUAACCUACGGAAUAGCAAGAGGCCUCUUGUACUUACACGAAGAAUGCAACACCGAAAUCAUCCAUUGCGAUAUAAAACCCCAAAAUGUACUUCUUGAUGAACACUACAAUCCCAAAAUUUCUGAUUUUGGAUUGGCAAAGCUAUUGAAAAUAGAUCAAAGUAGAAAUAGAGUUGAAACUAAUAUCAAAGGAACGACGGGGUAUAUCGCUCCAGAUUGGUUCAAGUCAACCCCACUGACUACCAAGGUUGAUGUGUAUAGUUUUGGUGUCCUGAUGCUAGAAAUUAUAUGUUGUAGAAGGAAUGGAGAUAUGGAAGUUUAUGAACAAGGAAGAGAAAUAUUGGUAGAUUGGGCCUAUGACUGCUAUCAGCAAGGAAGAUUAGAUGUUUUAGUUGAAGGGGAUUUUGAGGCCAUUGAUGACAUGGGGAGGUUAGAAAGGUUUGUGAUGGUUGCAAUUUGGUGUAUUCAAGAGGACCCAUCUCAAAGACCCACAAUGAGACAGGUCAUUCCUAUGCUUGAAGGCAUAGUUCCUGUUUCUACUCCUCCAAGUCCCUGCCCAUUCAGCUCCACCUCCAGAGAAGUUUCUUCUAUCCAAUUUGUACAAUAACUUCCUUAGUUCAAUAUACACCAGCAUGUUUACAGAACAAAAAGUAUAUUACGUUUUGAGAGAGAAAUGUCUUUGACUAAUUAA